AUGGCGCCAAAGAAAGCUGUUCCAGCUGGCAAGGGCAAAGGAACUAAAACCAAGGCCACGAAAGCCCCAAAGCCAGCCAAGCUGAAAGCCCGAAAGCCAGUCAAGUUGAAGACACUGGCUCGCCCUACUACAUUGGCCAUGGUGGUGGAGGCCCUGAAGAAGAACUCUGAGAGGAAGGGGACCUCUGUGCAAGCCAUACGCACUAGGAUUCUGGCAGCCCAUCCUACUGUUGACUCUGCAAGACUUAAGUUUCUGCUGAAGACUGCUCUGAACAAGGGGAUAGAGAAGGGUAUCCUUGUCCGACCAUCAAACUCCAGUGCUACUGGAGCCACUGGACGCUUCAAGCUGGCAAAACCACUACCAAAGACCAAGGAGGGGGACAGCAGUGCAGGAUCGGAGAAUGCAGACCCCAAUGCCCAGCCGAGUGAGAAGCCCAAGAAAAAGGCAGUAGACCCCAAUGCCCAGCCGAGUGAGAAGCCCAAGAAAAAGGCAGCGGACCGCAAUGCCCAGCCGAGUGAGAAACCCAAGAAAAAGGCAGCGGACCGCAAUGCCCAGCCGAGUGAGAAACCCAAGAAAAAGGCAGCGGACCGCAAUGCCCAGCCGAGUGAGAAGCCCAAGAAAAAGGCAGCGGACCCCAAUGCCCAGCCGAGUGAGAAGCCCAAGAAAAAGGCAGUGGACCCCAAUACCCAGCCGAGUGAGAAGCCCAAGAAAAAGGCAGUGGACCCCAAUGCCCAGCCGAGUGAGAAGCCCAAGAAAAAGGCAGUGGACCCCAAUGCCCAGCCGAGUGAGAAGCCCAAGAAAAAGGCAGUGGACCCCAAUGCCCAGCCGAGUGAGAAGCCCAAGAAAAAGGCAGUGGACCCCAAUGCCCAGCCGAGUGAGAAGCCCAAGAAAAAGGCAGUGGACCCCAAUGCCCAGCCGAGUGAGAAGCCCGAGAAAAAGGCAGUGGACCCCAAUGCCCAGCCGAGUGAGAAGCUUGAGAAAAAUGCAGUGGACCCCAAUGCCCAGCCGAGUGAGAAGCCCGAGAAAAAUGCAGCGGACCCCAAUGCUCAGCCAAGUGAGAGGCCCAAGAAAAAGACAGCGGACCCCAAUGCCCAGCCAAGUGAGAAGUCCAAGAAAAAGGCAGUGAAGAAAGUGAAAUCUACAGAGUCAAAAGGUAAGUGGCUCAAAAUUCAACUUGGUGUAUCUCUGGGGGGGGGGGGGGGGGUAGGUGAUCCUAUCAGAAAUCCAGUGGGCCACCUUCGGUGCAAUUUACAUCUGCUACAGGGUUAUUGGCUCUCUGAUUUAUAG